ACACACACGCUUCACGCACACACACAGGUCAAAAGUUGAUUUAUUUCUGAUAUCCCCCAGAAUCUUUCUUCUACCCGUUGCGGGGGCUCCGGACUUCUCCGCAGGGCGGUAGAGAGGUUGGGGGCGUGGGAGGGGCGCGGGGCGCCGAGGCGGCGGAGGCGGGAGCUGGGUGCCGGUGCGAGCCGCGCCCGCUCCUGUCGGGUGAGAGUCCGGGCCGGGUUUUGCGCCGUGUCCGCGGGUUUGUCUCACGGCCUCCAGCCGCCGCCGCUGCCGUGUUUACUGAGCUCGCGCGUCCUGAUAUCACUCCGCUGGCAUGGAGGAGGAGGAGGUGGAGGAGCGAGAGGAGGAGGAGGAGGAGGCGGCGGCGGCGGCGGCGGCGGCGGCGGCGGCGGCGGCGGCGGCGGCGAGCAGUUGAUCAUUGUGAUGGUGGCAGGAGCAGCGGCGGCAGCGGCAGCCCAGCCGAGCGUUAGGGGCUGCUCUCCGCGCGGCGUUUUGCAAAGGACUUCACCGAUCUACUUUUGCAGUCGCCUCAGACUGUCCAUGUGUUUACUUCCCCCAGCCCGAGGAUUCGAUAUCUAGGCUCCUGUGAAAUGCAACUGAGCAGCCAAAGUACUUUGAGAACACGGGGCGGCAUAAACACCAAAACUUUUUUGUGGAAGGAAAAUGCAAUAAGCAAGCUUGCCGUUUUCCGAUGCGGUGUGGAGUGAGUGUGUGUCGCGCGUGUCCGCACUGGAGGCAUAUGCUUGUGUGUGUACAUGGGGUGUGUUUUUCGGUACGUAGGGAGAAAAUGCUUGCCAACCACCGGAAAUCUCCUGGAAUUUAUUAGAAAAUAAUGGAUUAUAAAAAGAAGGCAGGCGAGGAGCGGAUCUCCCCUUGAGUUGCAACCCGAUUUGCUGCUGGCUCAGUUUGUUGUGAUUCUUUUUGUUGAUAGGUGUCUGAUGGUAUUCCGAUAACGUCCCCCCCUUUUUUUCCCCUUGAGCUUUUACAGUUUAAAAAAAAGGAAACAACCACCCCAAAAUCUCCCUCCCUUUUUUUUCGCCCCGUCGGGAUCGCCGUUUCCAUCCAUGUGCUUGCGUCUCCCCCGCGUUCCACUUAAACUAUUUUAAUCCUUGGACCCAAGGAGGAGGCUGAUAGGGGGGUGGAUAAAAAAAGUUCUUCCAAAAUAGUGUGCCCGGGGAGCAGGAUGGGGGAUUUCGCAGCCCCCGCUGCUGCCGCGAAUGGCAGUAGUAUUUGCAUCAACAGUAGCCUGAACAGCAGCCUCGGCGGGGCCGGGAUCGGUGUGAAUAAUACUCCCAAUAGUACUCCCGCUGCUCCGAGUAGCAAUCACCCGGCUGCCGGUGGCUGCGGCGGCUCCGGGGGCCCCGGCGGUGGCUCGGCGGCCGUUCCCAAGCACAGCACCGUGGUGGAGCGGCUCCGCCAGCGCAUCGAGGGCUGCCGGCGGCACCACGUCAACUGCGAGAACAGGUACCAGCAGGCUCAGGUGGAGCAGCUGGAGCUGGAACGCCGGGACACCGUGAGCCUGUACCAGCGGACCCUGGAGCAGAGGGCCAAGAAAUCGGGCGCCGGCACCGGCAAACAGCAGCACCCGAGCAAACCCCAGCAAGAUGCGGAGGCUGCCUCGGCGGAGCAGAGGAACCACACGCUGAUCAUGCUACAAGAGACUGUGAAAAGGAAGCUGGAAGGAGCUCGAUCACCACUUAAUGGAGACCAGCAGAAUGGUGCUUGUGAUGGGAAUUUUUCUCCAACUAGCAAACGAAUUCGAAAGGACAUUUCCGCAGGGAUGGAAGCCAUCAACAAUUUGCCCAAUAACAUACCACUGCCUUCAGCUUCUCCUCUUCACCAACUUGACCUGAAGCCUUCUUUGCCCUUGCAGAACAGUGGAACUCACACUCCUGGGCUUCUAGAAGAUCUAAGUAAGAAUGGGAGGCUCCCUGAGAUUAAACUUCCUGUCAAUGGUUGCAGUGAUCUGGAGGAUAGCUUCACCAUCUUGCAAAGCAAAGACCUCAAACAAGAACCUCUCGAUGACCCUACUUGCAUAGACACAUCAGAAACAUCUCUUUCCAAUCAGAAUAAGUUGUUCUCAGACAUUAAUCUGAAUGAUCAGGAGUGGCAAGAAUUAAUAGAUGAAUUGGCCAACACGGUUCCUGAGGAUGACAUACAGGACCUGUUCAAUGAAGACUUUGAAGAGAAGAAGGAGCCAGAAUUCUCGCAGCCAGCAACUGAGACCCCUCUCUCCCAGGAGAGUGCGAGUGUGAAGAGCGACCCCUCUCACUCUCCCUUCGCACAUGUCUCCAUGGGAUCUCCCCAGGCGAGGCCUUCUUCUUCUGGUCCUCCCUUUUCUACUGUCUCCACGGCCACGAGUUUACCUUCUGUUGCCAGCACUCCCGCAGCUCCAAACCCCGCCAGCUCACCAGCAAACUGUGCUGUCCAGUCCCCUCAAACUCCAAACCAAGCCCACACUCCAGGCCAAGCUCCACCUCGGCCUGGAAAUGGUUAUCUCCUGAAUCCGGCAGCAGUGACAGUGGCCAGUUCAGCGCCAGGGCCUGUGGCUGUGGCCAGCUCUGACAUGUCUCCAGCAGAGCAGCUCAAACAGAUGGCCGCACAGCAGCAACAAAGGGCCAAACUCAUGCAACAGAAGCAGCAGCAGCAGCAACAGCAGCAGCAGCAGCAACAGCAGCAGCAGCAGCACUCAAAUCAGACUUCAAAUUGGUCUCCCUUAGGCCCUCCCUCUAGUCCAUAUGGAGCAGCUUUUACUGCAGAAAAACCAAAUAGCCCAAUGAUGUACCCCCAAGCCUUUAACAACCAAAACCCUAUAGUGCCUCCAAUGGCAAACAACCUGCAGAAGACAACAAUGAAUAACUACCUCCCUCAGAACCACAUGACUAUGAUCAAUCAGCAGCCAAAUAACUUGGGUGCAAACUCCUUAAACAAACAGCACAAUAUUCUUACUUAUGGCAACACUAAACCCCUGACCCAUUUCAAUGCAGACUUGAGUCAGAGGAUGACGCCACCAAUGGCCAACCCCAACAAAAACCCCUUGAUGCCGUACAUCCAGCAGCAGCAGCAGCAGCAGCAGCAGCAGCAACAGCAGCAGCAACAGCAGCAGCAGCCGCCGCCACCUCCACAGCUCCAGGCCCCCAGGGCACACCUGAGCGAAGACCAGAAACGCAUGCUUCUCAUGAAGCACAAAGGAGUGAUGAAUCAGCCCAUGGCUUACGCUGCACUUCCAUCCCACAGUCAGGAGCAGCAUCCAGUUGGACUUCCCCGAACCACAGGCCCCAUGCAGUCCUCUGUGCCCCCAGGCUCAGGUGGCAUGGUCUCAGGAGCUGGUCCCGCAGGCCCCAGCUUCCUGGGCAGCCAGCCCCAAGCAGCCAUCAUGAAGCAGAUGCUCAUUGAUCAGCGGGCCCAGUUGAUGGAGCAGCAGAAGCAACAGUUCCUGCGGGAGCAAAGGCAGCAGCAGCAGCAGCAGCAGAUUUUGGCGGAACAGCAGUUGCAGCAAUCACAUCUACCCCGGCAGCACCUCCAGCAACAGCGGAAUCCAUACCCAGUGCAGCAGGUCAAUCAGUUUCAAGGUUCUCCCCAGGAUAUAGCAGCCGUAAGAAGCCAAGCUGCCCUUCAGAGCAUGCGAACAUCACGGCUGAUGGCACAGAAUUCGGGCAUCAUGGGAAUAGGACCCUCCCAGAACCCAGGGACAAUGGCCACUGCAGCCGCACAGUCAGAGAUGGGACUGGCCCCUUAUAGCACCACGCCUACCAGCCAACCAGGAAUGUACAAUAUGAGCACAGGCAUGACCCAAAUGUUGCAGCACCCAAACCAAAGUGGCAUGAGCAUCACACAUAACCAAGCCCAGGGACCCAGGCAGCCUGCCUCUGGGCAGGGGGUUGGAAUGGUGAGUGGCUUUGGUCAGAGCAUGCUGGUGAACUCAGCGAUUACCCAGCAACAUCCACAGAUGAAAGGACCAGUAGGCCAGGCCUUGCCUCGGCCCCAAGCCCCUUCAAGGCUGCAGAGCCUUAUGGGAACAGUCCAGCACGGAGCGCAAAGCUGGCAACAGAGGAGCUUGCAGGGCAUGCCUGGGAGGACUAGUGGAGAAUUGGGAUCAUUCAACAACGGCGCCAACUACCCUCUUCAAGCUGGGCAGCCGAGACUGACCAAGCAGCACUUCCCACAGGGACUGAGCCAGUCCGUCGUGGAUACUAACACGGGCACAGUGAGGACCCUCAACCCAGCUGCCAUGGGUCGGCAGAUGAUGCCAUCGCUCCCGGGGCAGCAAGGCACCAGCCAGGUGAGGCCAAUGGUCAUGUCUGGCCUGAGCCAGGGAGUCCCGGGCAUACCAGCAUUCAGCCAGCCCCCAGCACAGCAGCAGAUACCCAGUGGCAGCUUUGCUCCAAGCAGCCAGAGCCAAGCCUAUGAGCGGAAUGCCCCUCAGGACGUGUCAUACAAUUAUAGCGGUGACGGAACUGGGGCUUCCUUCCCUGGCCUCCCAGACGGUGCAGACCUUGUGGACUCCAUCAUCAAAGGCGGGCCAGGGGAUGAGUGGAUGCAGGAGCUUGAUGAAUUAUUUGGCAACCCCUAGUCAAGAGAGGCCCCAAGAGCCACAACUUGAGUGGUUAAAGCUUAAAAAGUGAAAAAGAAACAGGAUGUUGACCCAUCCUUGUUUUUUGUUUUUUUGACCCACGUAAACUGAGCAAAACUGCAGCUGGCUGACAGUGAAAGAUCCAGGUGCCAAUCCACAGCUCCGUCGGGCCUCCUUUCACCUGAUUUUCACACGGCAAUCCAGAUGAGACGCCAUGCAGAUCCCUGCUGCCAGAGAGGGAGACACCAGGAGGAGCAGGUGGGAAGAUGAAGCCGGCAGAGCCCCUCUGCUCAGCGCGCCCUGUGAUCGCCUGGCACAACAGAAGCUGCUUCAGCCAAGAGGGACUUACCCAAGAGAGGGAUCCUCAGCCCCUCUUGCCCCAGGUCGGGAGACAGCAGCUUUGGAGACACAAAAGAGACAGAGCCUCGGCCAGGGAGAGUCCCACAGAGGAGGCUGGGUGGUUGCACAGGCCAGGUGCUCAGGUUGGAAAUGCACUGAGCUCUGGGUGCCAGGAGAUGUCAGGCUUCAAGACAUGCUACUGAAUUUGGAGGGCAGGCAUGAAGAACAGUGAGAUGGUCACAGGGAGGCAACAAUGGAUCCUGCAGGCCUGUCUGCCUCAUGCCCCGUGGUGACCCUCAGGAAUUGCAGAGGCUCUGCUGUGACAAGGAGAGCAAGAUGAGUUUGGAGCAGGGUCCAUCCGGCAGUCCUGGGGUGGCUGCCUCUGCUGGUGCCCCUGGUGGCAGUCCCUCCAGGUUGGGCUGGAGCCCACUGGGGCCCGAUACAAGACCCAUACAUCCAGUGGGUCACUUCUCCUGGUGGCCGCAGGGUGGAGAAACCCCUGCUGGACCCCUGUGUGUCCACCAGCCCGGAGCCUUUGUCUGCAGCCCUGCCUUUAUUCCUCCUUGCCUCCACACCAGCCUUCCCUUGCUUCUCCUUACAGACUAUUCAAGAAGUGAAGCGUGUAUCUUUAGGGAGUCUUGAGCAGAGUCCAUAUAAAUGCGGGAAGAACUUAGACAAUACCUAAAAUGCAAAGGCAACACUGGAGUCUUCUUUCUCUCCUGUGCGUAGAGUUGAAUUAAUAUCUCUGCCUGGAACUGAGAGGGCUGCCCUGAUGUUUGGGCUUCAGUUUUUGUGAGCCACAUCUGAUAUUUUUGAAACCCCAGGAAGAAAUGGCCUGGAGGUCACCGGUUCGGGCUCCCUUUGGGAGAAAUCCGAGGAGUGAUGCUCUAAAAUCCACCUUUUCCAUCAUCCCUACUCAUCAGAAAGACAAAUAUAAAAUCCCCGAGAGGUGGAGGAGCUAAAAGAGCAAUUGCUCCACCUUAUUUGGAUGUAGUUUCUUUCAUAUGGGCAAAGUGAUCCACUUCCAAAGUCCUGUACAGUCGUUCUCUUUGUCAUUGACGCACAUCUGCCCUAAGUGAAAUCUGUCGGAAGGAAUCACAAGGCUCCUUGCUUCCCCUCCCAAUCUCCCUUUGGGAGGCCCUGUGGCUUCAGUGUUGUCCUAAGUGAGAGUGGCGUAUGCUUUUCUCCUGUCCCCUCCUCCCUCCAUGUCCUGGACACUGGCUGCCUUCUGUGCACUCCCAGGCAGCUCACCACAAAAGAGUCGGAGCCUGUGGGGCUGAACUGGCCACAUCCAGUCCUGAGAAGGCAAGUUUCCAUGGAAAGCUGGGAACAGAGGGGUUUGGAGAGGAGAUGGUGGGCAAAUAUUGCCUUUGACUUGCUCUCCGUGUACCCCGGGUUGUAGAUCUGCUCAGCAAAAGGCAGGAUAUACAGCCAGAGGUGCCUGGUGGGUGAGAAGCCCAGGCAGGGGCUGGGUGCCCUCUCCAAAGAGGUGGCAGCAGGGUGACCCUGAACUCCCCAAAUGGGGAGCGAUGCCACCGGAGAAACUGAAUGGAAACAGAUGAAACCAAAAAAAAAAAAAAAAGGAAACAAAUGAGAAGACACAGAAAACAGAAUUACCUUUUCCUGAAAGGUACAGGAAACAAACAUAUAAGCAAUGAUGAGAAACUGGAGGUGGCUAAUGGAAUUGGGACAGGGGGUGGGCUCCGUUAUCUUGUAAAAGCUUCCUCCAAAUGCUCAGUACUGGGACCAACUAAUAGAGAGGUAGAUUUUAAUAAGGUGGUUUUUGUUUUGGUUUUGUUUUUACUACGGUGCUGAUGUAUAUGUAAUGUCUAAAAAAAGUUAUUUGUACAUAAGUUUUUACAAUACUGCAGAUAUCACUGGGUCUACUAUCUGUAAAAAAAAUAUACAUAUAAAUAUAUAUAUACUGUUUGUUUAAAAUAGAGUAUUUUUAUUUCAUUCCUUAACUCAUCAUCACAGCAGUGGUAUUGCACUUCAGAUGACAUCUAAUUACUAAUUUGUACUGUAUGACCUAUGGCAACUUGCUCCAUUUUAUUCAGAUUUUUCUAGCUUUCUGUUUUUACUUUGUACAUUGAGCAUUGCUUAUUUCCUUUUAAGAAAUGUACAGAACUCUGAAAUGUAGAAAUGAAGUGAUGUUGACAUACCACUUUUAAGAAAACAAAAAUGAAAAUAAAAGAUUAUCUGAAUCAA